AUGUACACCUACGGAAGUAUGUGAAAGUAUACCUUAUUCUUGGGUUUGGUUGCGUCAUGACUCCUGCAGCUGACGCAGCAGCAGCAGGUAUAUAUAGCGAAGCUUGGAAGUGGAAGGCAGCAGUACAACUCUCACGUCAACACAUCAUCAUGGUUCUCGCUCUGUCGGUUGUUCUGGCGUGCGCUGGAGUUGCUCUUGGUUCAGCUCCUCCUCCUCCGUAUGGCAAGCCACCACCGAGCUAUGGCCCUCAGCCCACAUAUGGACCUCAGCCCUCUUACAAGCCCCAGUACUGUGACCCAAAAACACCUCCUACCUGUGCGGCUGGCUCCCCUCUCCCCUUCUGCUUGGAAGACCCUGAGUAUCCUGAAUAUGAUAUCAAACACGCAAUUAGUGAUGAUCCACUCUUCGCUAAAAAAUAUGCUGAUGUGGCCGACCAAUCCGCUGAUGAUCUGGUUGAAUAUGUGACCAAGAAACAGGAAGAGUCCUUCGACUACUCCUACUACACUGGUGCCUCCACAGGUAAAUCUCCCUAUGAUGUCACCCACUGGGCCGGCCCCGAGGGCUACAUCUGCCCCUCCGACGUCGCCUACGCCAGGCCCAAGCGUGCCCAGAAUGUUGAGGGCAAGUGGCGUGUCAUUGUUAACAAUGUUCACUACUACACCCAGACGGCCCGCCUGGAAACUUGUCUCUUCCCCGAAGCUGCGUGCCGCGCCCUUGCUCCCUGCUACAAAAGUCACUGCACCCAGAAGUAUGUCUACCACCGCCUCCUCUCCUUCGACCCCUGCGAUGCCUACAAGGGUCUCUUCAUCGACAUCUACAAGCUGCCAUCUGCCUGCUCCUGCCACAUUCCCGCCUAAGACUUCACCAAUAAGAAGUUAUGACUUGGAGCCUUCGUGCCCAUGACAGAGCGACCGACACGUCUGAAACCUUAGCCCCCGCUGCGCUGGAGAAGCCCCGAGAUGACUGGAGAACUGCUUUCUUCACGUACCAUCAAUAAUAAUGCCAGGGACUCCCGGGACGCUCCUCGCCGCUCCUCUUACUCAUCCCUUUUGCUCUCUUUUCUCUUAUUGAUGACCAUGUGAGUGCCAGAUGCGAGAAGUUACUGUAAAUUGUAUAAUUAAUUAAAAUGAGAAAAAAA